GGGCGGGGCCUGCGCCUGGCAGAAGCUGGGAGGAGCGGAUGGAGUGACUUGCAAUUGGUGAAAGCUGUCUAACCCUGCCCUAAUAAUGUAAUGGGAGGUGGAGGAGGAGGAGGAGGAGGAGCCCCAAAUGGCACGAGCAUCUGUUGCCCCUUCGAUAGAGAACAGCACCUAUGGUGCACAAGGGGGAUCCUCGACCCUUCCAAAGGUCCCCCAGAACUUCAGGACUGUGAUGAGAAAGCGCUUCAAGUCCCAAGGAUUUCAGGUUUUGAUUGUCUGCCUGGUCAUUGUGGAUGCCUUGCUGGUGCUUGCUGAGUUGAUGUUAGACCUGAAAAUAAUCCAGCCCGAUGAGAAGAACUAUGCUGCCAGGGUGUUAUACUGUCUUAGCAUUGCCAUCCUGACCUUCUUCAUGAUAGAAAUUGUAUUAAAAUUAUACGUCUUCCACAAGGCAUUCUUCUACCACAAGUUUGAGAUCCUGGAUGUUCUUACUGUGAUUGUCUCUUUUGCCCUGGCUAUUACCAUUCUGUUCAAAGAGCAUGACUUUGAAGCCCUUGGUUUAUUGAUCCUUCUCAGACUUUGGCGGGUGGCCAGGAUUAUGAACAGCCUAAUUCUUUCAGUCAAGAAACGUUCUGACAGACAACUCUUGAAGUUGAAAUUCAUUAAUCAUCAGAUGGCCAUGAAAAUUCAGCAUCUUGAAUAUAUCUGCACAGAGAAGGAACAAGAAAUUGAAAGACUUAAUAAAGUAUUGAGAGAUUAUGGACUUCUCAAUUAGCUGAACCAGGCAAUAUUUGCUCAACCACAUGAAGAAGAAAUGUCUUGUUUGAUGGACUGGCCUUGUGUAUGUCUGUGAAAAACCCUGGUCAUCUCCAGGGUAACUUCUGGAAAUGAUCUGAAGCCUUCAUUUUACUUGUUCUCAGGUUUGAUUAUGGCCAGGUGUUGCAUAGUUCCUUCCAAGAGCUCCCUUUUUUCUUUGAUUUGACUUUUUUCUUUGAUUUGACAAAUGUUUCAUAAACUACCUUUGCUCCUCUUCCCAACUCUAACCUUGCUGGAAAAUGAAUG